CGCGUGUUUGUGAUGUCAGCAUAACAACAACCUGUCAUGAUAGCUCCUGCUGGGAAAAGGGAUCGAAGAAGGCUUGCCACAAGAUCUCAUGAGAUCACCAAAGCGUUCAUGUGAAAUAAUCUGAAAAGACUGCCACCAUACCAGUCAGGCAUCCGGCCGAGGAAACGGGGAGCAAGAUAGGGAAGCAGGGCGAGGUGGGCGCCGCGGAGCCGGUGGAGAAAAUGGCCGGCAGCCCAGAGAAGAGUUCGACCGCACAGGAGCUGAAGGAGCAGGGCAACCGACUGUUCCUCUGCCGCAAGUACCAAGAAGCCGCCACAUGCUACAGCAAAGCUAUUAACCGCAACCCCUCUGUGGCAGUGUACUACACCAACCGGGCUCUUUGUCAUGUGAAGCUGCAGCAGCAUGACAAGGCGCUGGCCGACUGCAAACACGCGCUGGAGCUGGACAGUCAGUCCGUUAAAGCCCACUUCUUUCUGGGCCAGUGUCACCUCGAGUUGGAGAACUACGACGAGGCCAUUGGGAACCUGCAGAAAGCUUACAAUCUGGCUAAAGAGCAAAGGCUAAAUUUCGGAGAUGACAUUCCCAGCGCGCUGCGGAUCGCCAAGAAGAAACGUUGGAACAGUAUUGAGGAGAAACGCAUCAAUCAGGAGAACGAGCUUCAUGCUUAUCUGACCAAACUCAUUCUGGCUGAGAAGGAACGGGAGAUGGAGGAGUACAAAGAAAAGCAGGAUGACAAUCAGAAUGGGGGAGAUGCCGCCAAGAUUUCGUCUAAACAUGACAAGUAUCUCAUGGACAUGGAUGAGUUGUUUUCUCAAGUGGAUGAGAAGAGAAAAAAGCGUGAGAUUCCAGAUUAUCUCUGUGGAAAGAUCAGUUUUGAGCUGAUGAGGGAACCGUGCAUCACACCCAGUGGCAUCACCUACGAUCGCAAGGACAUCGAGGAGCAUCUGCAGCGAGUGGGACAUUUUGAUCCGGUCACCAGGAGCCCAUUGACCCAAGACCAACUGAUCCCCAACCUGGCCAUGAAAGAAGUGAUUGAUGCCUUUAUCCAGGAGAACGGCUGGGUGGAGGACUACUGACUCUACUGCCAGUCUGAGAUCCGUUUUGUUUGGAUGGGAACUGUCAACACGCAGGACGAAUCACCUGAUGGAUAAGAGGACAGGUGCCAAGCACCGUGUUCCGCCUCUCCUCCUCACAUCUUUGCUGUGAAACGAAAAACUUUUGAGGAUCCAUGUCCGUGGCCUGCGCCUCCCUUUAAAAACAGCUGUACACAUUUCGUCUAUCUUUUCUUCCCAAAACAAGGGGCCAAAUUCUCAGGUCUCCUCUUGCCACUCUUCUAUUUCUGUGUGCCACAGGUCCGACAACCAUUAUUAUCAUGGAAGUUUUAUUGGCAGAAUUCAGAAUCACAGAUGUGUUUACAAUAUUUUAUUUCACAGAUGUGUACACCCACAAAAUGCCUAACUUGCUCACUAAAAUGCCAAAAACACCUGUCAAUCUUGAUGACUUUUAUGUCACGACCUUCACCUCCCGUUCACCUAUGGGGGGCGCUCUAGACACACCCAGACACACAACUGUAAGAUGAUCAUGAUCUCUGCAUGUCAAUCACACCCUAAGUAACCCAGAUAAGAUGAAUGUAAACAUAAGGUUUUUAGCUCGAGUUGACCAACCAGUUCUUAUCUGGACAUCAUGAGAUUCACACAGGAAGCCUUCAACUCCAAGCGGACUGACUUGAAGGGAAAGCUCCGGUCACAAUGCUGGAUGUCUGUUGAGCACAGGUUUGGACGGUGACAUCAGCAUUUGUGCUGCUGUGUGUUGUGCACUUGUGUUGGACAGUGUCAGCUGCCUCCUUGUUAGAUAUGCUGGAUGAUGUCCGACCAUCUACUCUCGUCUCUUCCUCAGUCUUUGUGUGCUGGUUCCACGGCAGCCUCUCUCGACGCACUCAUCCGGUUCUGCACUCGUGGUUUAUAUGAUGUGGAGCUGAUGAUGGAUGUGUGCGUGUGUGUGUGGCCUGGUUGUAAACCGCUCGUGUAUAUAAUGUUUCUGUGCAUCUUUACUUCAUGACAAGAUAGGGUUCUUUAUUUCUGGAGAAAUCCUAGAGCUUGAGAAACUGUAUUAAAUGUAGAUAUGUUGAUAA